AUGAAAAUUCCGUUUGGCGACCUCUUCAAGCCCAGCCCAGCACCUCCUGGGUUUGGAGAAGGAAAGAUUCUACCCGAAGGCACUUCACCGCUGUUGUCAAAACUUAUCUUUCAAUGGCUCGGCCCUUUCUUGGAGGUGGGGUACUCUAGACCAUUAGAGAAAGAAGAUUUCUGGGAGCUACCGAAGGCCCGUUUGACGGCAACAAUCACAGAUGACGUCGAGAGGAAUUUCUAUGCGCGGUGUCCUCCAGAGAAGCGGCCACGGCAUAUUCGAGCUAGAGAAACUACCCCAGGGGAAAAGUCCGUUGAAGAACAUGGGGGUCUGACUCCGCCAGCCGAUAUCUUGACGGCAGUAUCGACACAGACGACGGUUCCUCCGGAUGCCGAACUCGACAAAGAAUUGGCUGCAAAACCGUCUGUCAUUCCGCCUACCCGCAGCUUUGUUAAACCAUGGACUUGGUUUAGUAGAAAGAAAGAGGCAAAGCCUGAAUUUGACGAAUCGUUGUUCAAAGCUAUCCAUACAACAUUUUUCGUUCGCAUUUGGGUUGGAGGGGCCCUCAAAUUGUUUUCAGAUACCUUGAAAACUACAACACCUCUCGUCACAAAAGUUCUUUUGACCUGGUUGACUGAAUCAUACAUCUACGUCCGAGCCACGGACGCGGAACGGGAAGCCUUUGGACUCAACAAGCCUCGAGGGAUCGGAUAUGGCAUUGGGGUGGCGAUUGGUCUAUUUGUGAUGCAGGAAGCUGCUAGUCUCAUGACCAAUCACUAUCAGCAAACUGCAUUAACUACAGGUCUGUCUGUAAGGACAGGGAUUAUCGGUAGCGUGUUCCGAAAAUCUCUUCGCCUCUCUGGCAAAGCGCGCGUCAACCAUAGCGUGGGUCAAAUUACGACUAUGAUCUCUACAGAUGCCACUAGACUAGAUCGGUUCUCUGCGUUUUGCCACAAUCUUUGGGUCUCCCCAAUACAGCUUGCUAUUGGCAUAGGCCUUCUACUUGGAAAUUUGGGCUACUCUGCUCUCGUUGGGCUGGGUGUUUUGAUGAUCGGCUUCCCCCUGCAAUUUGCACUAGUCAAAGUCAUGUUUACACAGCGCAAAAAGGGUGUUAAAAUCACGGACAAACGACAGCGGCUUACCACGGAAGUGUUGCAAGGCAUUCGAUUAAUCAAGUUCUAUGCAUGGGAGGAAUUUUACUCUCAGCAAAUUGGUGAACUGCGCAGGCAAGAAAUUAAGACCAUCCGAAAAUCUGCCAUUGCGAGAUCACUUUUGAUUGCAAUUGUCGUUUUCAUACCUGUUUUGGCAUCUACACUUUCAUUCAUCACGUAUGCGCUCAGUGGUCAUGACCUCAAUAUCGCUAUAAUUUUUAGUUCACUCCAACUUUUCAAUAUUAUUCGUGCCCCACUAAUCUUCUUCCCCUUCGUCUUCUCUGCACUCUCAGAUGCACUGGUGGCCCUCGGACGUAUAGGAACAUUCCUUACAUCCGAAGAUCUACCAGAACCGUACCCUAUUGACUCAGACGCGAAAGCGGCUAUUGAAGUGGAUGGUGAUUUUGCUUGGGAGACCGUGUUCAACCCAAGUAAAGCGGAUGAAGGGAAAUUUGGCAAGGGAGCGGGUGGCCGGCCGGGAGCAGGCGGUCCGGGAGCGGGACGUGGAAAAGGUUCGGGCGGGAAGGAUGGAGGAAAGGCGAGAACCAAGCCAAAGGCUAAGCCUCAGAAAGACGAGAGCGCUGGAGGUGGGAAGUGGUGGCAGAAGUCGGCAAAGAAAGGUGGAAAGGGAGGGGAUGUGUUGCCAUCUACGACCAAAGAUUUAGAAAAGGACAGUGAAACGGGGUCGAUGGAGAAGGACACUUCGUCUGAUGACGGAAAGGCCAAGAAAAAAGACAAGGAGGAGGAAAAGCCGUUUGAGUUGAAUAAUCUCAAAUUCACUGUUCCUCAGGGGUCUUUUGUGGGCAUUGUCGGUCGUGUUGGGUGUGGAAAGAGUUCCGUUCUACAAGCGCUUAUUGGCGAGAUGCGUCGGACCCGAGGCACGGUUCGCUUUGGUGGUAACGUCUCUUACGCCCCUCAGACACCCUGGAUUCGGAAUGCUACACUUAGGGAGAAUAUUCUAUUUGGACAACCUGAUGAUGAAGACAGAUUCAGAAAUGUUAUUAGUGCAUGCUGUCUAGAUCACGAUCUGGAAGUUUUGCCAAAUGGUGAACAGACGGAGAUUGGAGAGAAAGGUAUCAAUCUGAGUGGCGGCCAAAAGGCCCGUGUAUCUUUGGCUCGCGCAGCAUACUCUGAUUCGGAUAUUGUCCUUCUGGAUGACCCACUGUCCGCAGUCGAUGCAUAUGUCGGGAAAUCAAUCUUAGAGAACUGUCUCUUGUCCGGGCCCCUUUCAGACCGGACUCGCGUGCUUGUAACUCACGCCCUUCAUGUUCUCGACAAAACGGAUUACAUCUACGUCAUGGACAAUGGAGUCAUUAUCGAGCAGGGAACGUAUCAGGAUCUCAUGAUGAACAGCCAAAUAUUUUCUCGUCUUAUGGAUGAGUAUGGGAAUCUUGAAGUGGAGGAAGAGGAACAAGCGAAAUCCGAUGCGAAGAAAAAGAACAAGGGCGAUAAAUCGGCGAAUGGCGGUACCGAAGGGGGUGGGAUGAAGAAGGGGAACCCCGCGCUGAUGCAGCUGGAAGAGAGGAAUACCGGUGCGGUUACUUGGAGUGUUUACAAGAAAUAUCUGGGAUUUGCGGGGGGUGUUGUAUGGGCGCCUGUGAUUGUUCUGUUAUUGACGUUGACUCAGGGUGCUCAAGUUGGGAAUAAUUUGUUCCUUGGGUUCUGGACGGCGAAUAGUAUACAUGGAUUUAAGCAGGGCGACUAUAUGGCUGUCUACGCUGCUCUCGGUAUGGCACAGGCAGUCUUCCAAUUCAUCCUUAGCUUUUCCUUCGCUAUUGCUAGCUUGAUUGCUAGCUUGAACCUCUUCAGGACAGCCCUCCGAAGGGUCCUACGCUCGCCGAUAUCAUUCUUUGACACCACACCAAUGGGUCGUAUACUUUCUAGAUUAUCUAAGGAUCAAGAUACAUUAGAUACAGAACUAUCUAUGACUCUUAUGCAGUUCCUAUCUACAUUCAGCUCAGUCAUUGGAACAGUCGCCUUGGUAUUCUACACCUUCCCCUAUCUGGGUAUUAUUUUUGCCCCGUUGUCGAUCUUGUACUAUAUUGUAGCCAGCUAUUACCGACGCUCGUCUGUUGAAACCAAGAGACUCGAUUCGCUUAUGCGAUCUAUUUUGUAUGGAUCAUUUACAGAAACCUUGACUGGGCUUGCUACCAUUCGAGCAUACCGCGAGCAGGAACGCUCGAUAAAGGAUGCUGAAAGGGGUCUGGACCUUGAGAACAGGGCAUACUACAUGACCAUUUCCAUACAGAGAUGGUUGGCUGUUCGACUCGAUGUCUUUGGUAAUGUUUUAAUCCUUGGAAUCGGUCUCUUCGCUGCAGGAUUCCGACAUAGCGUAAAUCCGUCCAAAAUCGGUGUCGUGCUUUCCUACACAUUGAGCAUUACGCAAAGCUUCUCUGACAUGGUCUCGCAAUUUGCUCAGAAUGAGCAGAAUAUGAACGCUGUAGAGCGUGUCCUUCAUUAUUCAGAGUUGGAACCCGAAGGUGAUUUAACUACACCCAAUGAUCCCCCUCCAAGCUGGCCGAGUGAAGGUGGAAUCCGCUUCGAGGAUGUAGAGCUAGCGUAUCGUGAGGGGCUCCCACUAGUUUUGAAGGGUAUCAGUUUCCAGAUCAAACCCGGUGAAAAGGUCGGCAUCAUUGGACGUACUGGAGCAGGCAAAAGCUCUUUGCUACAAGCUCUUUUCCGUACGGUAGAAUUAAAGGGAGGAAAGAUUGAGAUCGACGGUCGUAACAUCCGAGAAGUUGGGUUGGACGUGUUACGAAGCCGCCUCGCGCUUGUACCUCAGGAUGGUACACUAUUCUUGGGCACUCUUCGGGAAAAUAUCGACCCACAAGGCCUGCGAACAGACGCAGAAUUGAUCUCCGCCCUUCAACGUUCAUGGCUUCUUCCCAAGUCUGGGCCUCCUGACCCAGUUGCUGAAGCAAAAUUUAGUCUCGACUCUACUGUUGGCGACGAAGGUAGUGCCAAUUUUAGCGCAGGCGAGAAGCAACUACUUGCAUUGUGUCGCGCUCUGGUUAAAAAUAGCAAAAUUAUUGUAUUGGAUGAAGCUACGAGUAAUGUCGAUGUAGAGACAGAUGCGAAGCUUCAACGGACAAUUCAAGUCGAAUUUGCAUCGUCGACGCUAUUGUGUAUUGCUCAUCGCCUCAACACCAUUGCAUACUACGAUCGCGUUAUUGUGAUGGAUGAGGGAAAGGUUGCAGAAUUCGAUACCGUCUUGAAUUUAUUCGACAACGAAACUUCAAUAUUCCGCUCGUUAUGUGACGAAGCUAAUCUGCAACGAGCUGACAUAGUCAGGAUACGCGCUGAACAUGACAUCAUGAUACAAUCAUAA